AUGGCAGGGGUGUUGGACCUGCUCCUCGGCAAGCUCACCAUGCUGCUCAGCGACGAGUACAAGAUGCUCACAGGGGUGAGGAGGCAUGCCUCCUUCCUCAAGGAUGAGCUUAGUGCCAUGAAAGCUCUCCUUGACAAGAUGGAGAUUAUGGACAAGCUUGAUCCCCCGACCAAGAACCGGAGGGACCAUAUAAGAGAGAUGUCCUAUGACAUGGAGAACUGCAUCGAUGACUUCAUGCAUGACAUUGAAGGUACCCAUUUAAAGGCAGGCUUUGUUAGAAAGAUGGUUCAGCGUCUUAGGAGGCUGGGGAGACGUCAUAAGAUAGCGAAGAGGAUCAAGGAGCUCAAGGUUCUUGCGGUGGAAGCAAAUGCUCGACGCGAGAGAUACAAGAUUGAUGGUUGCAUCAAUUCGAGUCGUGGUGUUGCGGUUGUGGAUCCCCGGAUGUCGGCGAUCUACAAGGAUGCGGCAUGCCUGGUGGGUAUUGAUGGCCCAAAAGAAGAGCUUGUCAAUUGGUUAAUGGAUUCACAGAAGAAACUCAAAGUAGUUUCUAUUGUGGGGUUCGGAGGUUUGGGUAAAACUACACUUGCCAAAUAG